GAAGAAGCAGCAGCAGCGCUGGAGUCAGUUAGCAGCCUGCUAACGUGAAGCUCACACUAACGUGAUGUCUACAGCCUCCAAAGUGGUUCUAGGAGUUUCUGUGGUUCUGACUCUGAGCACUGUGGCUGCUGUUCACAUCAAACAGACCUGGGACAGACAGCGUCUCCACGAGGGCGUGAUCAGAGAUCUGGAGCGGGUGGAGAGGAAGAAGGAGAACCUGAGGCUGCUGGAGGAGCAGAGGACGCUGACCAGACAGCUGGAGGAGGACAGGCGGCGCCGAGAGACGGAGCUCCGCCCACAGGACCACUGA